UGUAUUCCUCCACAGAUGACACGGUGAACUCCGAGAGCAGCUCCACGUCUGAUUCUACAGGGGACCAUGACAACGAUGAGUCUUCGGGUGUGGCCCCUGACUGUCUGUCCCCGUCUCGGCCCCAGCUGGCCACUGGUAAUGGUAAUGGAAGCAGCAGUAAUCCAGACAGCAGGCUGUGUAGGAAGCUUUCUCCUGUUGAGAUCUAUUAUGCGAUGAGGACCACCACGCAGCACAACUCACUGGCCCUCUCUGCCAGAAGCAAUAUGGAGGGAAGGAGUGUACCUACCACUCCCCUCCUCGCUCGGAACGGACCAACAGGUGUCCACAACCACAUCAGGUCAGCGAUAUCCACAGUGACGACUACCAAGCAGUGGUCAGACAAUCCAGAGGCGGCCAAGGUGGUUCCUCAUCAGUCUCAGGUCGGCGGCCCCUCCCCUGGCCCCUCCUCUGGCCCCCCGUCAGGGUCUUAUGAGCAGGGAGGAGGAGGGGGAGGGGGUUACAGUGAUAUCCUGAUGGACUAUGUAUGGGGGAAGCAGCAGCAGCAGAGACAGGUCCAACAGGUCCAUGGCAAUGGAAAGUUCCCUUCCUCUGUCCCUGUACCUCCUCCUUCUCACUUCAACGGCUACCCCCACCCCCAGGGACAUCCCCCGGGGCCCCAGCACGUCUCUGGGGGCCCGCCAGCCUACUCCAGCCCCCUGAUGCUCCGGGGGAAACUUGGGGAGCCACGCCGGGUCAAGGUAACCCGUACCAAGUCCUGUGGUCCAUUCAUCCCUCUCCAGCACCACCAGCAGGAGGUGCUCCACUUCUCCUCUUACACCUCCUCCUCUUCUGACCCUCCUCUUCCUCCCACCUCCUCCUCCUCGACCGGGACCUCCACAGCUGCCCUGUACCCCCACCAGGGGUCUGUGGUUGAGUCCCAAAAGCAACAGCAUGGGUCUGGAUCAGGACCCGGUCUCAAUCUCAACCACAACCACCAGCUCGGACCACCCCAGUACUCUGACUCCGUCACCCCAGACGACCCCAUCCGCAGCCUGCACAAGGCCCUGGCUCUGGAGGGCCUGAGGGACUGGUACCUGAGGAACAGCCUGGGUGGAGUGGCGGUGGGGGGGAAGGUACAGGGGCAGGACAACAGGGGGUCCCCCAGGAGGCGUACCACGAACUCCCUGCACGGGUCACACCCUCAGCAGCUCCCACACCAGCCCCAGAUCUACCAGGGAGACCGAGACAGAGACUAUCCUCCCUGCCACCUGCCACAGUCACAGACCUUCCACGGGCAUCCGCUACAUGGCAGGUCUCUGUAUCAGGAGUCCUUCCCAUCCCAGAUGCAGGAGCUGACCCUGAAAGAACCCAGCACUGACAGAGGUGACCUGCCUACCCCGGGUACACUGGUCUAACAACCAGAGGUGACCUGCCUACCCCGGGUACACUGGUCUAACAACAACAACCAGAGGUGACCUGCCUACCCCGGGUACACUGGUCUAACAAACAGAGGUGACCUGCCUACCCCGGGUACACUGGUCUAACAACCAGAGGUGACCUGCCUACCCCGGGUACACUGGUCUAACAACCACAAACAGAGGUGACCUGCCUACCCCGGAUACAAUGGUCUAACAACCAGAGGUGACCUGCCUACCCCGGGUACACUGGUCUAACAACCACAAACAGAGGUGACCUGCCUACCCCGGGUACACUGGUCUAACAAACAGAGGUGACCUGCCUACCCCGGGUACACUGGUCUAACAACCACAAACAGAGGUGACCUGCCUACCCCGGGUACACUGGUCUAACAACCAGAGGUGACCUGCCUACCCCGGGUACACUGGUCUAACAACCACAAACAGAGGUGACCUGCCUACCCCGGGUACACUGGUCUAACAACCAGAGGUGACCUGCCUACCCCGGGUACACUGGUCUAACAACCAGAGGUGACCUGCCUACCCCGGAUACACUGGUCUAACAACAACAACCAGAGGUGAUCUGCCUACCCCGGGUACACUGGUCUAACAACCAGAGGUGACCUGCCUACCCCGGGUACACUGGUCUAACAACCGGAGGUGACCUGCCUACCCCGGAUACACUGGUCUAACAACCAGAGGUGAUCUGCCUACCCCGGGUACACUGGUCUAACAACAACAACCAGAGGUGAUCUGCCUACCCCGGGUACACUGGUCUAACAACCAGAGGUGACCUGCCUACCCCGGGUACACUGGUCUAACAACCAGAGGUGACCUGCCUACCCCGGAUACACUGGUCUAACAACCACAAACAGAGGUGACCUGCCUACCCCGGGUACAAUGGUCUAACAACCACAACCAGAGGUGACCUGCCUACCCCGGAUACACUGGUCUAACAACCACAAACAGAGGUGACCUGCCUACCCCGGAUACACUGGUCUAACAACCAGAGGUGACCUGCCUACCCCGGAUACACUGGUCUAACAACCACAAACAGAGGUGACCUGCCUACCCCGGGUACACUGGUCUAACAACAACAACCAGAGGUGACCUGCCUACCCCGGGUACAAUGGUCUAACAACCACAACCAGAGGUGACCUGCCUACCCCGGAUACACUGGUCUAACAACCACAACCAGAGGUGACCUGCCUACCCCGGGUACACUGGUCUAACAACAACAACCAGAGGUGACCUGCCUACCCCGGGUAUACUGGUCUAACAACAACAACCAGAGGUGACCUGCCUACCCCGGGUACACUGGUCUAACAACCACAACCAGAGGUGACCUGCCUACCCCGGGUACACUGGUCUAACAACCACAACCAGAGGUGACCUGCCUACCCCGGAUACACUGGUCUAACAACCACAACCAGAGGUGACCUGCCUACCCCGGGUACACUGGUCUAACAACAACAAACAGAGGUGACCUGCCUACCCGGAUACACUGGUCUAACAACCAGAGGUGACCUGCCUACCCCGGGUACACUGGUCUAACAACCACAACCAGAGGUGACCUGCCUACCCCGGAUACACUGGUCUAACAACCAGAGGUGACCUGCCUACCCCGGGUACACUGGUCUAACAACCACAACCAGAGGUGACCUGCCUACCCCGGAUACACUGGUCUAACAACCAGAGGUGACCUGCCUACCCCGGGUACAAUGGUCUAACAACAACAACCAGAGGUGACCUGCCUACCCCGGGUACACUGGUCUAACAACAACAAACAGAGGUGACCUGCCUACCCCGGAUACACUGGUCUAACAACCAGAGGUGACCUGCCUACCCCGGGUACAAUGGUCUAACAACAACAACCAGAGGUGACCUGCCUACCCCGGGUACACUGGUCUAACAACAACAAACAGAGGUGACCUGCCUACCCCGGAUACACUGGUCUAACAACCAGAGGUGACCUGCCUACCCCGGGUACACUGGUCUAACAACAACAACCAGAGGUGACCUGCCUACCCCGGGUACACUGGUCUAACAACAACAACCAGAGGUGACCUGCCUACCCCGGGUACACUGGUCUAACAACAACAAACAGAGGUGACCUGCCUACCCCGGGUACACUGGUCUAACAACCACAAACAGAGGUGACCUGCCUACCCCGGAUAUACUGGUCUAACAACCAGAGGUGACCUGCCUACCCCGGGUACACUGGUCUAACAACCAGAGGUGACCUGCCUACCCCGGAUACACUGGUCUAACAACCACAAACAGAGGUGACCUGCCUACCCCGGGUACAAUGGUCUAACAACCACAACCAGAGGUGACCUGCCUACCCCGGAUACACUGGUCUAACAACCACAACCAGAGGUGACCUGCCUACCCCGGAUACACUGGUCUAACAACCACAAACAGAGGUGACCUGCCUACCCCGGGUACACUGGUCUAACAACCAGAGGUGACCUGCCUACCCCGGGUACACUGGUCUAACAACCACAACCAGAGGUGACCUGCCUACCCCGGAUACACUGGUCUAACAAACAGAGGUGACCUGCCUACCCCGGGUACACUGGUCUAACAACCACAACCAGAGGUGACCUGCCUACCCCGGAUACACUGGUCUAACAAACAGAGGUGACCUGCCUACCCCGGAUACACUGGUCUAACAACCAGAGGUGACCUGCCUACCCCGGGUACACUGGUCUAACAACCACAAACAGCGGUGACCUGCCUACCCCGGAUACACUGGUCUAACAACCACAAACAGAGGUGACCUGCCUACCCCGGGUACACUGGUCUAACAACCAGAGGUGACCUGCCUACCCCGGAUACACUGGUCUAACAACCACAAACAGAGGUGACCUGCCUACCCCGGGUACACUGGUCUAACAACCAGAGGUGACCUGCCUACCCCGGGUACACUGGUCUAACAACAACAAACAGACAUGUUACUGACUGAAUGAUACACAGUCAUAUUGUAGAGCAACUUCAUGGACCUCCGUACAAAAAGGAAAAUAUGAAGGACAUUUAUUUACACAAUAUUUGUAUUUUUUCUGCACAUUUUUUGGGGAGAGAAUGAUAGAAGAAUGUGACAUUUUUCUAGAACUCAAAAGAGAAGUCGUUGUGUUUUUUUUUAUUUUUUUAUCUCCCCCUAAGGGAGCUUUUCUUUGCAUUGCAUCAUCAAAGUCGGAUCAUGCAUUGCCUCUGAUGAUCAAUGAAACGGUGCUUGAAAGAGUCUAGCACUUCAAUCAGUCUCUGGUAGAAAUAUAGUCCAGCUGAACAUUGCUGUACAGUAGUUUAUACAACUAAUCCAGGUAAAGGAAGUUGAAAUGGAACACGGUCAUGGACAGUAUUUACAUGUUCCUCAACUGUUACAGAAAUACUGAAUUUCUCUAAGUGAACCAUCUUCAUCAUCAUCAUCAUCCACAUAGAAUUCCAGGUCUUAGUAGGGACAACAAAUAGAUAAAUACACACAAGACUAACCAAACGAAAAGCACACCCAUAUCUUGUCACACAGACCCUACAGUACUACGAAUCAGGUUGGUUAGGGAAUGGGAAAGAGAUGUCUAUGUUAACUCCGAUACACUGAUUGAUCUCAGUCUACAGAAGGAUCUGCAGUCUAUAAUUACAUUUCUAUGUCAGACAGACAAAAUGAAGGGGGGGGGGGG